UAGGCACUCCGCGCUGAUCAGACGAGCACUGAGCGAUCGAUACCUCGGCAAAGCCUGACUACUCGGAGAAGGAGAGGGCCGGAGUGUUCCGACCAAACGGAACAGCUUGUCGCCAGCCUCCGGGGAACUCGACACAGCCCAAACUCGAGACAGGUUUUAUGUAUUUCCAGGUUUCUUCCUGCAAAGCUAAGAUCUCAUUCCUUCAGGAGCCUUCAUUGAGUGCCUGAUGUGAGCCAGACUCUAGGGAAAUGUAGAGAAAUGAGACCUGUUCUUGCCCUGGAGAAGCUCCCCAGCUAGCAUCAGAGAGACAGACAUGCUAGGCUGGCAGAGGGCCCGAUGGCCGAAGACCACCGAGAGCCCCUGGCAGGAGCCGGCGCCCUCCGGGAGACCCUCCGGGUGCUCCUGCCCCACACGAAGGAGGAGCUGGUGCCGGAGCUCGGGGAGAAGGUAGAGCGCAGCGUGGUGCGGCUCCUGUGGGAGGCCGCUGAGCUGUUCUGCGGGGGCUGCCGGAGGGAGUGUCUGCAGGCCAGCGAGGCCAUCCUGGACUACUCCUGGGAGAAACUCAACACGGGCCCGUGGCAGGAUGUCCACAAGGACUGGCGCCGUGUCUACGCCUUCGGCUGCCUCCUGAAGGCCGUGUGUCUGUUCGAGGAGCCUGGGGAUGGCCCCGCAGUGGCCGCAGCCCUGAAGGCCUGUGACAUGGGCCUGCUGAUGGGGGCGGCCAUCCAUGGGGACAUCCUCAUUAAAGUCGCCGCCGUCCUCCAGGCGCACCUCCCCUCGGGAAAGAGGCCCGGCCCAGGCCCGGCCCAGGAGCAACCCAGCAUGAAGAAAGCGAGGGACGACCCUGUUUCGGUUCCGGAUGUGGCGUUGGAGAGACCGGUCCCCCGGCUUCGCUGUCCGUCCCUCCAGCAUUUCAGGAAGCAGUUUCUGGUUCCCGGGAGGCCUGUGAUCCUGGAAGGCGUGGCGGACCAGUGGCCGUGCAUGACGAAGUGGAGUUUGGAGUAUAUCCAAGACAUUGCCGGCUGCCGAACUGUCCCGGUGGAAGUCGGUUCCAGGUACACGGACGAGGACUGGUCGCAGACGCUCAUGACGGUCAAUGAGUUCAUCAGCAGAUACGUCAGGAGUGAGUCGAGGGACGUCGGGUACCUCGCGCAGCACCAGCUCUUUGACCAGAUCCCAGAGCUGAAGCAGGACAUCGGCAUCCCGGACUACUGCUGCCUGGGCGACGGGGAGGAGGAAGAGAUCACCAUUAAUGCCUGGUUUGGUCCCCAAGGAACCGUGUCCCCCCUUCAUCAGGACCCUCAGCAGAACUUUCUGGUCCAGGUGCUCGGCAGGAAGUACAUCCGGCUGUAUUCCCCGCAGGAGUCAGAGGCUUUAUAUGCACACGAGACGCACCUUCUUCAUAACACGAGCCAGGUUGACGUGGAGAAUCCCGACCUGGAGAAGUUCCCCAAGUUUGCUGAGGCCCCGUUCCUGUCCUGCGUCCUGUCUCCCGGAGAGAUCCUGUUUAUCCCGGUUCAGUACUGGCAUUACGUGCGGGCUCUGGACUUGAGCUUCUCCGUCAGCUUCUGGUGGUCGUAGCCAGGGUGCAAGGGUCCGAGACGCGUCCCCUGCUCCACACCCGGCCUGUGCCGGAGCCUUUGCUGGAGACCAGGCUGGGCGCUGGCCGGACACGGGGCGAGGGUGCAGCAAGGCGCACGCUCCGGGCCAGGUACGUGCAGCAGAGGCAGGUGGGCCAGACCCCAGGAGGACGUCCCCGGCCGACACCCCGCCUGGAGACCCCGGGCAUCGUGAGGCCUGAGGUGCUGGGGACACGGACUGGCAGUGUGCACGGCGUUAGGGGUGGGCUCUGAGGUCGGCUGCCUGGAUUCAGACCUGGCCCCUUGGCUUACUUGCUGUGGGAGAGGUGGGAUGGAUACCUCACUGUGUGUGUCUCCAUGGGGAAAACAGGGCAGCUCGAGCACCCACCACGGAGAGUUUGAGAGGCAGUGCGCGGACAGAGCCCCGGCAGGUCCACGAGCAUUAGCUGCUGUCUGAUCUUAAUAAUUACUGUGAUUGCCCCCGA